AUGGACGUUUUUCAUUAUAAAAGAGUUAAAUUUCCUUUAUUAGAUAAAGCUAUGCAGUUGUGGGUUGAGCAGGUUGUAGAUAGUCAAAUCUUUUUGACAGAAGCAAUUAUUAAAGAAAAAGCAAUUUUUUUUGCCCGGGCACUAGCCUUACCAGACAAUGCAUUAAAAUUUUCUAAUAGUUGGGUUCAUAAGUUUAAGAAGAGGAAUAAUUUGCGGAACUAUCGAUUACAUGGAGAGGCUAAUAGUACGCCGUUAGAAUUACUUCCAGAACAAAGAACUAA